GGUUAACAAACUUUUGAACACGUCCUCCAUUUGAGAAACUCCCAUUUUCAUGAUCAUCAGCAACAACAACAUCAGAAGAAUCAAAACCAAGGGAUACCAAACAAAAACAAAAAAUCCACCUUCAAGAGAAUAACCUCCUCUCACACAAUGCAAGGCCAUGCAUAUUCCUCCCCCAAUCACUAACAGAUCCAAGGUAGUUAAACUUGAGAUUCUAGAAGGGGUCAGAUCCUAAAUGUAGGAUCGUAACACGACUUGACUCGUAAGAUCCUACAAAUUCAUAUACAUAUAUGAAUAGAAAUUUAUAUAUGUACAUAUGAAAUAGCAUAGAAACCCCUCAACAUUGCUUAAAAUGGAUGGUGAUAAUAUUUGAUCAUCAUUGUUCUGCAGCUUCACCAAUGCCUGUGUCUGAUCCUAACUCUGGGCGCAAGUUCAUAUGGCUUGUCACGUGCCUUUUGUUCACCUCUUUAUUGGUAGGGGGAGGGUGCCUUGUGGCAUACAUGGUCCUUCCUGAGACAGAAACCACAUCAUGGAUACCUGUAGUUGGGGUCACAUUGGUUGGUCUACCAUGGGCGUUUUGGUUCCUCACCUGCUUUUACAGAGUCUUCACAAGGUGUUUUGGAUGCAGAGUUGACAAUGCUAAUGAUGGUGGUGGUGGUGGUCGGGCAGGAAUCUGGGAUGCUCCAAAUGACGGAUCUCAAGGGAAUAAUACAGAUGUGGAGAGUGCAUCUCGAGGAAGAGGUGGACAGUUAAAUAGGGCAUCUUCUGUUGCUUCACAUGAGAGUGAAAUGGCCCUCGCAAAAUCUAUGGCGUCGUAAUGUGAUUGAUUAUAUACAUGUUUGGAAUCCUUCUAUAAUUGAUUCUCGUUCUGAAAGUAUAAUCAACUUGGGAGAAGCUUUGUGAUAUAACUUCUGUAUUUCAAAACUGAUUCUUUCUGAGAAAAGAGAAGCUGAUCCAAACAGACUCUAUUACAAGGGAAGGCAAUUGCCCAUUUUUUUCACAUUUUGUUAAUGUUCUGAUAAUCUGAUGAUCCUUUGGGUUUCCCUGUUUGAUACAUAUUGAUGAUGGCCCUGACCAGCAUCUGACCCUCACCAUGCAUAUGCACCUAAUGAGUAUCCAGGCCUUUUUUGUAUAUAUGAGAGAUAAAUAUUGUCCUAAACAAAUUCAAUGACAGAAUAUGCAUACAUGCAUGCAUUGUUUUUCAACAAAAGCCAUCUUUAUAAUGAACUUUUAGGGGGUCUUGGAUACGGAUUUGUGUAAAGAAAUGGGAGUUUGAUGAUUCAACUCUCGUUUAGAAUUUUGUAGUUCUUUUUUAUUCCAUAUUUGAGAUAUGUAGUUAUUCAUUAAUAUCCCAUGUAGCACAAAUUUGAGAUUGUUUAUUUUCUCUUCUUCCAUGAAUUGUU